UGGCGUUUCUUCGAAAGAUACGAAAUACAGUAACUUGUAGUUUUUCAUAGAAACCUUGUCAUUUCGAAAAUACUGUGACUUUGUACAACGUGGUACAAAGUCACAGUUCUUCGUGUUACAAAAUCUACCCAAAGCCAGUACAAUAGUUACGUGUUUCUCUCUCUCUGACUAAAGAGUAAGGGCUUGAUUUCACCAAUUCUGAUGGCGGCGCACCAUUAAACAACUAAAACCUAAGAUCUCUCUCCACUAAUGGCUUCUUCUUUGUCUCUCCAAUCACUCUUUAUAUCUCUCCCACUUGACCAACACGACCAUGGUUUUGGGUCUGGUAAUUACCCAGUGAGUUUCUGGUCCAAAACCUCAGGGAUUGGGCGGGGGAGUCACUUAUUGUCUACAAAGAAAUUCGAACUGAAUUGCUCGAGAGACAAAGAGAUGGAUGUGAGCACAUCGGCUUUGGUUGAUGGCGCUGCUGAAUGCUUGGAUGAAAUGGAGAUUAAGGAGCCGGUGGAGCCAAGUAUUUCAACAAUGUUGAUGAAUUUUGACAAUAAGUUUGAUCCUUAUGAUGCGUUGAGUACUCCUCUCUAUCAAACAGCCACAUUCAAGCAGCCUUCAGCAGCAGAGAAUGGUCCUUAUGAUUAUACUAGGAGUGGAAAUCCUACACGGGAUGCCUUGCAAAGUCUCCUGGCAAAGCUUGACAAAGCAGAUCGAGCCUUUUGCUUUACCAGUGGGAUGGCUGCUUUGGCCGCUGUCACUCAUCUUCUUGGGACAGGUGAGGAAAUUGUUGCUGGAGAUGACAUUUAUGGUGGUUCUGAUCGGUUGUUGUCGCAAGUAAUUCCAAAAACUGGAAUCAUGGUUAAACGAGUGAAUACAACUGAUCUGGAUGAAGUUGCAUCUGCAAUUGGCUCCCGGACAAAGCUUGUGUGGCUGGAGAGUCCAACCAACCCUCGGCAACAAAUUUCUGAUAUUCGUAAAAUAGCAGGGAUAGCUCAUGCUCGUGGUGCUCUUGUGUUGGUGGAUAACAGCAUCAUGUCCCCUGUAUUGUCUCAACCAUUGGAACUUGGAGCAGACAUUGUGAUGCAUUCUGCUACUAAAUUCAUAGCUGGACACAGUGAUGUAAUGGCGGGCGUGCUUGCGGUAAAAGGGGAAAGGUUGGCAAAAGACUUGUAUUUCCUCCAAAAUGCAGAAGGUUCUGGGUUAGCUCCAUUUGACUGUUGGAUCUGUCUACGGGGCAUUAAGACCAUGGCCUUACGUGUUGAGAAGCAGCAGGUGCUAUUGUAACUGGUUCUAUUACAUCGUAUAAAUCUAUGUAGAGCAUUUAAAUCAAAUAUAUUGUGGUGUUUCUUCACUGUGUUUGCGAGUAUUUCUGCAACAUUAUUAUCUACUUCAAUUGAAGCUAAUGGUGAUCUAAGUAUAUAAUAAUGGCUAUGAAACUUGAGGUCAAAGCAAGUGGUCAGAACAGAUAGUUUAUGCUCUGCACCGUUCAACUGCUAAUCUGUGUGUCCCACCUAUUAUACAAGAUAUGAUUUUCUCUGAUUAAAACCAUACAAUUUAUAUGGUUGAAUCAAAGUAAAUAAUAUGGGGAUAUCAAAGUACAUCUCCAUUCUGUACAAAAUUCUUUUAUUAUUCUUAAUGCAUUAAACUAAAAUAAUGUCUCUUGCCAUGUUGGUUGGAAUUUCUCUGUGGAACUUCCAGAGUGUUUCCAAAAAGAGAUUCAUAAACAUUUUUUAUUUUCCGAAAGAACAAGCAGUUAUAACAUGAUGACAUGUGCUUGAUUGAUAUCAGUGUAAAACAGAAAUAAACAUUUUAAGUAGAUACUAUAAAUGCAGUUGUAACAAGACAAGAUCCAAAUGACACAACAAGCUUAAUUUUUGAGAUUGGGACUAACUGUCGGAUGCAAAAUAAUGCUGUGUUUUAUUUGGUGACAUUUGAACUGCAAGCAUCUAGUGGUGGCUUUUAAUGUAGAUUUAAGUUGUGGAGUUCAGGGUGUCUGAAAAUUUUUACGUGGUGUUUGUGGAAGCCAGUAGCACUAUACUAAUGCCAGAAGAUUACAAACUACAGUUAUGGCCAUGUGGCAGGGAGUGUGUUUGGGUGAGAAGUUGAUACUCUCUCUCUCUCUCUCUCUCUCCCUCUCCCUCGCCAUGCAUAAAGUAUGUUCUGAUGUGUCUAUAAGACAACCACCGUCUUUUGUUGUUUAUUGCAGCUGCAAAUCCCAUAAUUGUGAAGGUACCUACCUGCAUUUGGU